AUGGGCAUGCGCGUUCGUUGUAAGUGGCCAUGUUCACACUGUGAAGUUCCAUGGUAUAGUGGCAAAUGUCCCUUAUUGUGCCUUGACAAUUCGGGUAAUCCCAUCACAGAAGAUCAAAGACAAGCCUCAUCAUCCCUGGGUUUACCUGGCCUUGGUGAAGUCUGUAGUCAUGUUGCAGCCUUAUUAAUGAAAAUGGAGAUGGGGGUGAAGCUUGGGUUGACUAAACAGUCUUCAGUGAGCCAGGCAUGCAAGUGGAACAGAUCAUUUAGGAAGGAGCUGCACCCAAUGACCAUCAGUGAUCUUCAGGAUAAAAUUAAGGGCAGGAGAAGUAAACGGAUCAUGUCUGUAAUUGCCUCAGGGAAGGACAAUCUACCUCCUGUCAGUGAUCUUUUGGCCCUGAAUGAUGUAUUUCCUGAUGCUGUGUUUUUCUCUACAAUUCCUCGCCUUGAUCCUGAAGACACAGACUCAGCCUCUGAAAGGGAUGAAGGAUAUUGUGAUACAUUACAGCCUCUCAGAUCACUACAUGAAAUGUGUAAAGGAAUGGAGAUAACUGAAGAGUCAUUAGAAACAAUUUGGUCAGCCUACAACAGUAGCAAGCAAAAAGUUAUGGAUCUUCAUGAAAAAACUAAAGGUCAGGCAGAGUGUAAUUUGUGGUUUGAGCACAGAAAGGGAAGAAUAACAGGAACAAAAGCUCAUAGUGUGUUCACAAUAAGGGACAUAACUACCCCUAAAAAUUUAGUCUGGCGAAUUACUUGAAGUAAAUGUUAUUACUUGUCAAAAAAGCAUGCAGUCAAAUUGGGUCGAGAUAAUGAAGAUAAAGCCAGAAAAAAAUAUCUUGAAAUCAAAAAGAAUGACCACCAACAGUUCCAUGUAAAACCCAGUGGGUUACUUGUGAAUCACAGACACCCAUUUU